AUGAACAAGGGGAAGAUUCUCAAAAUCAACAUCAACAGCCGAGUAGCAGUAGACGCCGCAUUUUUCCAUGAAAUACAGCCAAACUACUCCCGGCCGUCACUCCGCGAUCUAGCGGUCAAGGACAAGGGCGGAAUUACAGUUUUCGAUAUAGGUGCGAUACUUAUAGAGGACCGCGAGCGAGAGAAAGAGAGGAUACAAAGAGACGGUGUGGAUACACAAAAGCUACGGGAGACCGAUUUCUUGGUCGCCUGCCUAACAUAUACAGUCAGUGCUCUUAGGGACGUGGAUUAUAGCCUACCGGGAGUCGGAAAGACUUUCACGGUUAAGGCAACCUUAGAGUAUUUCAAGCUCCUGCUCUAUUCGAUAUCCGCAGGUAAACUUGUUAUCGAUCACGGAGAUUCUAAUAUACUUAAGCAACAACUUGAAACAGUAUUCAAGAUCGCUAAACACUUCAAUACCGUUCUUCUCUUAGACGAGGCAGACGCGUUUAUAGAGCAGCGGACAUCUUACUAUGAUAACCACAAUCGCCUUGUAACUAUUUUCCUCCGAAAGCUCGAAUAUUAUCAAGGAAUUCUUUUCUUGACUUCGAAUCGGGGUAUCCAGUUUGAUGACGCAAUUCUCAGCCGGAUCUAUUUGGUUAUUAGGUAUAAGAAUUUAACGAGAGAGUUUCGCAGAGAUCUCUGGUCAAUUUUCCUGUCCAAGGCAUAUACGAUAAAAGGACCUGCCGUUGUUGAGGAGCACGAGCUCCGACGACUGGAGUCUUUUACUCUGAAUAGACGAGAGGUGAACUACAAAUACUUAGAGUUGGCCGCCGAAUCAAAUAAGAAAUUUUCAAAGGAGUUUGGCCAGAAGAGGCCUGCUGAUGGAAUGUAUGUCUGA